AUGUGGGGAAGAACUUCAAAAAGGUUAGGACUACUGAUAUUCCAGUCGUCUCAAGUGAUUCAACGACAUGGCUCAACUUCCAAGUAUCUACAAAAACUCUUAGACGGAAGCAAGAAAAAGCGAAAGAGGCCAUUUAAACUCACAGGGAAUAACAUUACAACAGCUAAGAAGUAUGUGUCUGAGGGAAGCAAACAUCGCUCUUUCCGAGUGAGUCAGGUCGUACACGGGACUGUGGUGGACAUUAUAGACAGUGGUGAUCUAGACCCAGAAAUUCCAACCCUCGGCGUCAGUAUUUCUGAUGUUGUUUGGAGUCCUGAGAUGAGUUCAAUGAACAUCUACUGGCAGACAAAAUCUGAUGACGUCGAAAAGAGAGAGGUGGUCAGAAAUCUUCUCAACUCGAAGGCAAAGAAAAUGCGAUCUUUACUAAUAGGAAGAAAAAUCUCUGGACAUAUUCCCAAUAUUCAGUUUGUGUGGGACAAAUCACAAUUAAAAACCUCCUAUCUGGAAUAUAUUGAUAAGAUGCUAUCAAUAGCAGACUAUGGUCCAGAUUAUGAACCCCAGAAAUAUCCUCAGGCUACUGCUUACCAUGGUGUACCAAUUCUGCAGGCCUCUCCCAAAAUACUGGAGAAGCUACGGGAAAUUUCGGAGGAAAGAGAUCCUGGACAAAUGAAAGAAUAUGUAGAAAAAUCAUUUCGUGAUGACAUUUAUGGUUUAGAUCACACCCUAUUAAUGGAGUCAAUUCAGGAUUCUAAACAAAAGCUUCAGGCAGGUCUGAGGAAGAGGGAGAAAAAAUCUAUGAAAGAGAGCAAAGAAAGAAUUUAUAGUGGAGAAUUACAGCAACAGGAGAAAGACAGGCGAGGAGAAUUACAGCAACAGGAGAAAGACAGACGAGACAUCUUCACUGCGUCAGCAACUGGGCUUCCUCAGAGAGUGAAUGAAAUGCAGAGAAAUUUGUCUGAUGACGUUAAGGACAAAAAUGUUGAUAGGUAUGAGGAACCAGAUUUUCUUGAAGAUGAGUGGUCAGAUGAUGAUGAUGAAGAUUUUGAUGAUGAGGAUGAUGAACUUAGUAUCACAAGGGCCAAAAGUACUAAAUGUGAAAAGGAACAAAAUAGAAACCAUCAUGAUGAAAGGAUUAAUUCUGAACUAUUAAAUAAUGAUGAAAAAGAUAAUCUACAGAUGUAUACAGAACAAAGCAAAAGUCCAAAACUCAAUAGGCUUGGUAUUCCAAAAAAAUUAGGGUCAUCAGCAAUGCACAGUCCUCUAAGAGUGAGAGACAUGCAAAGGUUUAUAACAGAUGAAAGUGUUGAUGAUAAUGGAGAUGAAAUAGAUCUGUUAGAAGAUGAAUGGUCAGAUGAUGAAAACCAGGAAAUUAUUAAAGAAAGAGAUACAAAGAGAUGAAACAAUGUACAGUGCAUGUUUUUCAUUAAAAGUACUGCACAGUGCUA